UCUAUUUCAGCUGCCAGCAGCCAGUAGCGGUUCUCCAGUCGUCGUGUGCAGUUGACUAAAGCUCGCGAGCUGAACGAUUCAUAGUUAGAACGCAGAUUAAGCGGCGGCGUUGGCGGCGGGUUGCGAUCAUAUUACAGCUCAAACCUCAUCCUCAUAUUUGUUGUUGUGCGCGCAAAGAAACGAUUCAAUUGAAAGCUGUCUUGCUGUAAUUUGAGAGCAUGUUUUGAAACGCAAAGAAAACAAACUAAAUAUUACGUAUACGUAUUGCGGAAAUCCUGUGUUUUUUUGUGUUGAAAAAAGGGCCAUGCCCAGCAGACUAUUGAGUGUAAAGUUGAUUAGAAAUGCUUAAGUCACGCAAAACUACACUGCGCUACACGGCGCAGACAACUGCCAAGAUCAGAGAGGCGAGCAGCAUGAUUACAUUAGAAGAGCUGCUGAUGAUGCUGCUGCUGCUGCCGCUGGUGAUCUUAAUGAAUAUAUCCUGUGUGGCAUGCGCUCGCGAUCAUCGUAAACAAACAAAUCUGGAGGCCAAAGUCGGUUCGCAUGUUGUCUUCAAUUGCUAUAUAGAUUUCCCAUAUGAUUCCCCAAUCCCGUACGUCGUGCACUGGAGCAAAGAUCAAAAGAAAAUCUUCACCUGGUUUGAGAACGAAACGUCUACAAAUGAACUUUUCAUUGGGCGCCUGCACUUGGUCAGCAAUCAUCACGACUUGGGCAAGGCCUCAGUGAAUUUAACCGCCAUACGCGAGUCCGAUCAGGGCUGGUACCACUGCCAGAUAAUCUUUCCGAAUCGCUCGCCCAGCAUACGCAACAAUGGCACCAGCUACCAUCUGGCCGUGCAGGGCGGCUCGCUCAUCAAGAUACCGCCCGUGAAUCAGACCAUAAUGGAGGGCCAGACGGCGUUUUUUCACUGCGUCAUGAAGUAUCCGGAUAAUUCGCAAGUGUCCUGGUACAAGGAUGGCGUGCUGCUGCAGGAGGUGCAGGACCUGGUGCGUCGCUCGUUUAUGGGCCCCGAUGGCAGUCUCAGCAUUGAUCCCACCAUGAUGAGCGAUCUGGGGGAAUACGAGUGCAAAGUGCGCAACCACGAGGGCGAGCUGCAAACGGCCAAGGCCUUUCUCAAUAUACAAUAUAAGGCCAAGGUGAUUUAUGCGCCGCCCGAGGUGUAUCUGCCUUAUGGCCAGCCGGCGGUGCUCGAUUGUCACUUUCGGGCCAAUCCGCCGCUGAAGAAUCUGCGCUGGGAGAAGGACGGACUGCUGUUCGACUCGUACAAUGUGCCCGGCGUGUUCUACAAGAUGAACGGCAGUCUGUUUUUCUCCAAGGUGAACGAGAACUAUGCGGGCAGCUACACGUGCACGCCCUACAAUGACCUCGGCACCGAUGGCCCCUCGCCCAUCAUUAGCGUCAUUGUGCUGCGCCCACCCAUUUUCAGCGUCACACCAAAGGCGAUUUACAUACAGAAACUGGGCGAGACGGCCGAGCUGCCAUGCGAAGCCAUCGACCGGGACGGAAACAAUCGCCCGUCCAUUGUAUGGAGUCGGAAAGAUGGCCAGGCCUUGCCCGUGGAUCGCAUCAGCUUCAGCGGCGGUAAUUUGACCAUCACGAAUUUAGUGGAAUCGGACCGCGGCAUGUUCGAGUGCUCGGCGACCAAUGAAGCGGCAACGAUAACGGCCGAAUCCGAAUUAAUGAUUGAGAACAUUGCCCCACGCCCACCAUACAACCUAACAGCCAACAGCACCGAGACCUGCAUCACCAUACGCUGGCAACCAGGCUAUUUGCGCCCCAAUCAGGAGUAUACGGUGUGGUACCGCAUUGCCGAUGCGCCAGAGUGGCGCACGCUGCGUAUACUUGACAAGAAUUUAAUGGAAGCCACCGUGCAGAAUCUGCUGCCAGGACGGGAGUACGAGUUUAUGGUGCUAAGCCAGGACAAGUAUGGAGAUGGCAUGUUUAGCAAACAGUUUCGCUUUGAAACUAAACCUUCUCUUUUGCGCGGCGAGGACUUUGAUGCACAACAACUGCCACAUCAGCAGGGCCAGAGCAAUGCGGCUGGCAACUUGGGCGCACCUUGGAACCUGAGCAUACACAAUAAUCAGCAGGGCUGGCUGCUGGUUUGGGAGCAUCCCACCCAGGGGCUGGAGACGCUGCGUCUGUACACAGUGCGUUGGUGGAAGGAGCCGGAGCACUUCAUGGUCGGCUCGGCUGAGACGUUCGACAAUUUCUAUCAGCUGCGACAUCUGAAGGAGGACACCAUGUUCAAGAUACAAGUGUUGGCUGUGGGCGCCCAGAACCAGAACGUAGCCAGUCCGGAGCUAAUUCUGGAUGUGCCAUCGAAGCGUAAGCUGCGCGCUUUAAUUGUGGGCAGCGCAGUGGGCGUUAUUUUCUUACUUUGCGCACUGUGCGCUUUUUUAUACGUGAAACGUAGUUGCCUGCGAAAUUUGUUUAAUCGAGGCAACGAUGGCGCCAGCGCCGAUGAGGACACUGCCGAGAGUGGAGAUUGCGAUAGCGAUCAGGAGCGAGACAGCGGCAAGAUACGCGCCUCCUCCUGAAUAUUACAGAUACGUUGGCGCUUUGAGGCGAGCAGCAGCAGCAUCAGCAGCUACCAGGGUGAAGACAGCGGGUGCCGGGGAUUAAAUGUUGGCCAUUCAGUUACCAAUACAACUGGUUUAUAAUUUAUUUAUACUUCUUUCGCUGAUAAUUGUAUUAUAACUUUCAAUUUUAUUUUCCUUAAAUCUAAGGCCGAACUAACGCAAGUCA